GGGUACCCUGCACUGCACGCGCGGAGGAAAAGGCAACGAGAACGAAGAGGCGUCCCCGCGACCCCAUCCAAGCCGCGUGCGCCUGCGCGUGACAAACUGGUAAAUAAAAGCCGGUAACAAAAUUUCCGUUGUGCUGCCUUCCCGACAAACGCAGAGCGCCAUCGAAUCGUCUCGUCUCGUCCCCUCCCUCCCCUCCUCUUCCUCGCCCAAUCCCAGACAAAUCCAAUCCGAAAUCAUCUCCCCCCUCGCCUCGCCUCGCCGAGGAAGAGCAGAGAGAAGCGACGCCGCGUUCCUUCCUCCCGCGUCGAGCUCGAUCUUCCCGGAGCCACCGCGGGAGGCGCAGACGUUGGGACAGCCUCGCGCGCGCGUCCCACGCCGGUAUGCAGAGCCAGAUCGUGUGCCAUGCUUGCCGGACCGUUCUACUCUACCCGCGAGGCGCGUCCAGCGUCUGCUGCGCCGUUUGCCAGGCCAUCACCACCGUGCCGCCACCAGGACUGGAGAUGGCUCAGCUUAUAUGUGGUGGUUGUCGAACUUUGCUGAUGUAUACUCGCAGUGCAGACACCGUAAGGUGUUCAUGUUGCAACACAGUCAAUCUUGUUAGACCAGUGAAUAAUAUAGCUCAUGUGAACUGCGGCCAGUGCCGGACAACUUUGAUGUAUCCGUAUGGCGCACCUUCAGUAAAAUGUGCCAUAUGCAAUUAUGUCACGACUACCGGAGUAAAUACUGUGGCACCCACUCCAUCUGCGAGGCCAACAUCAAAUGAGUCUUCAUAUAUUGGCUCAUCUACUUCUGCUCCUAAAUCUCAACCUCAGAAUGUAACUGUUGUUGUUGAGAACCCUAUGACAGUUGACGACAAGGGAAAACUUGUCAGCAGCGUUGUAGUUGGAGUCACAGCUGGGAAAGUGUGACUUUCUUGACACUUCGUACAUUAUUAUUGUUUGUUCUAUAUACAAAGUUGGAAAUACCAUGCAGCAUCCAAUGCUUGGUUGCUUGGAUAUCCUUGGAGAUACACCAUGAAGUAUUUUUAUUAGGACCUUGCUGAUGAAACAAUGGUCGGACACUGUGUAUUGAUUCUUUUGUGUGUAUAAUAUGGGCUCUAUUAGACUUCUGUAAUCAGAUAGUUGAGAGGAAUUACAGCAUAGUUUCAUUAUACGUGCGUUGUUACGCAAUUUAUUUGUUUGUUAGUUUGUGCUGUCUUGGUUGUUCAUAGUGUGUUACUGUUAUACUUGUGUACGGUACUCAUUUUAAAAGGGAAAGCUGCAAAAUGUUGGCAACGGUUGACUAGGAUAUGUGAUGCGUCAGACAGCGAUUGAUGUGCGGUUACCUCAAGAAACCGAAGCUGCAUUUGUCGAGUUCGUUCCCUGAUUUGAGCGGGACGAGUUCUGGAGCUAUCCUGGUUUGACUUGGCUUUCUGCUGUUCGGCACCUCAGAUCUAUAUCUCAGUUUAGAUCUCCGAAACUACUUUGGCACGGGUCUGGUUCUCAGAAUUGAACCAGGAAUGGGAGAGUAUUUUCAUUUCGGGGCUAUUUCGAUGUAGGGUUUGUGUGAUUCACUUCCAGAAUUUGUCAUGUCAUGGCGAAGAUUUAACAAGUUAUAUUUGGGCUA